AUGAAGAGCGCAACCGCCUCAGGAUGGAGGGUGGGUGCUUUUACUGUCGCCAGAAAGGACACAUGGCAAAUCAAUGCCCUGUCAGGGGUUCGUCUAGGGUAUAUGAAGGGUCAACUGGACAUGUUCAACAGGGUAGUAGAACGAUGGGGAACCACUCGGCUCAGGCCGGCAGCAGGAUGGGAGGCGGAGGAAGCGGCUAUGGCCAAGCAUUCUUGGCAGGAACUCCAGGCAGUACUCAGGGAGGCACUACGGCGCAAGGUAGAAGCAUGGCGACGACUAACCCAUUCCGGGCCAGACUCGCAGCUUGCCAAGCCCACGCACCCGGACCGGAUGCGCCUGUACAUGAGGAGGAGCCUGAGAUUAGCCGAGAAGAGAUCCAAAGGGUUAUAG